CUCGAUGUGUAAAGUUACUGAUCUUUUUCGGAGAAUACUAUGUACUGUAUUUAAUGCCGUGCUCCUGUAGUUAGUUGAAUAACGUUACUUGGGUAACUUGGUUAAAUCAUGGCCGAUCUGACAUCGGCACUAGAGUUGCAGUUGUCGGAGAUCGAGCUCCUCGGCAGUAUGUUCCCGGGCCAGGGAGAGUUGGUCCUGGACCACCCCGCCACCUUGGCGGAUGUCCGGCAGUACGUGGACGGACAAACGGACGCAGCGCCGGCAGCCAGGCUGGAGUUCACGGUCAACCUUAAGGUACAGGAACCGCAACAGGCCCAGUUCUCUAUCCAGUGCUCCUUUCCUCACGACUAUCCUGAAACUCUUCCUGACAUCAGCAUCUGGACUGCCUCUAUAACACGUCAGAGACAGACUCAACUCAACCUGGAGCUGUCCCAAUACCUACAGUCCCUUCCCCGGGGAGAACUCUGUGUUAACUCCGCCCUGGAGUGGGUACAGGACAACGCUGCCAGGUUCCUCGACCAGGCCAGCCCCGCCAAACAAACCAGUCCAGUCGACACCCCGUCUCGAACGUUCGCACGGUACUGGAUCUACAGCCACCACAUACAGAGCAAGUUCAAAAGGAGGGACCUGAACGAAUGGGCAGGUAAACUGGGGGUAACCGGGUUCUACCUUCCCGGUAAACCUGGCAUCAUCUGUGUGGAAGGAGGGAAGGAGCGCUGCGAGGAAUACUGGAAGUGGGUUCGGGAACUGAACUGGAAGAAGAUUUCCCUCCGACACCACGAGGAAACGGAGCUGGCGGACGGGCAGGCCGUCGACAGCCUUCGGAAGUUCCAGGGAUUUGGGGAGAAAGUUUUUGGUGCUCAUAACUUUCAUGGGAGAAACUUCCACAUGGACCUGGGAGAGUUCUAUCAGUUCUUGAAGGAACACCACUGUGAGGCCAUCUAUGCCAUCCUGUUUGGUAUCGAGGGCAAGAGUACAGAGAGUUGAUGAAAUAAUCCACGUGCAAAAAAUAUGAAAAUUGUAUGUAAAUAUAGAUGUUGUCCAUUGUGCAGAGAUAAGAACAAAUUUUACUAUUAUAGAUAAUAUAAGUGAUUAUCAUCACCAUUUUGAGUGAGUGGCCCAAACUAAUAUAAUAACAAGAUAUGAUACUAUAGCCGUUGCUGCCUUAAUUACCUCUGUAAUACAUCUAUCUUUUACAUUAUAACUAUUGAAUAAAAUCUAUGGGAGACA